CAGCCACUAAGCCAACAAUAUACGGAAUAUUUAUGAAUUAAAAAAACCUCUGGAUUUCCACUAUAAAUUGCAAGUGAUGCAACACAAUUUCCAUCAGAGUGAUAAAUCAUAAAAGUUCCAAUGGGCAAGAAGAAGUUAACCUUUCUCAUCCUCCUAUUAGCCUCUCAAGCCUUGGCUGAAAUCACUCCCAACACUUCUGUUUCUCCAGGAACAAUAUGCAAGUCCACCCCAGACCCAUCUUAUUGCAACUCCGUGCUCCCUCCCCAAAACGGCAACGUUUACGACUAUGGCCGGUUCUCGGUCAGAAAGUCUCUUUCAAAAGCCACCAAUUUCUUGAACUUAGUUAACAGAUACCACCGUUCCUAUCUUUCAACCUCCGCAAUCCACGCCCUGGAAGAUUGCCAAACCCUCGCCGAACUCAACAUAGAUUUUCUCUCCAGUUCCUUCGAAACGCUGAACAGAACAACGAGGCUUUUACCCACUUCACAAGCUGACGACAUUCAAACCCUUUUAAGUGCCAUUCUAACCAACCAACAAACCUGCUUGGAAGGCCUUCAAGCCACCGCCUCCGCAUGGCGCGUCAGGAACGGACUCUCCGUUCCGCUCUCCAACGACACCAAGCUCUACAGCGUCUCUCUGGCACUCUUCACAAAGGGGUGGGUCCCCAGCGACGCUAAUGUCUCCGUGUUUCAGCCAAACGCCAAGCAGCGUGGCUUUCGAAACGGGCGUUUGCCGCUCGAGAUGUCCAGCAGAACGCGCGCGAUCUACGAGUCGGUGAGUAAGAGAAAGCUCCUUCAGGCGGCGACGGUGGGCGACGUGGUUAAGGUAAAAGACAUUGUGACGGUGAGUAAAGAUGGAAGCGGAAACUUCACCACCAUCGGCGACGCCCUCGCCGCGGCCCCGAACAAGACUGCAUCCACGGCGGGGUACUUCCUGAUCUACGUCACCGCCGGUGUUUACGAGGAAAAUGUGUCUAUUGAUAAGAAAAAGACGUAUUUGAUGAUGGUUGGAGAUGGCAUCAACAAGACAAUUAUUACUGGGAAUCGCAGUGUUGUUGAUGGCUGGACAACUUUUAAGUCAGCGACAUUUGCGGUGGUUGGCGCAGGGUUCGUGGGUGUAAAUAUGACCAUCCGCAACACUGCCGGAGCAGAGAAGCACCAGGCGGUAGCACUCCGAAACGGCGCAGAUUUGUCCACGUUUUACAGCUGCAGCUUCGAAGGAUACCAAGACACACUGUACACCCAUUCCCUGCGACAAUUCUACAGGGAAUGCGACAUCUACGGCACCGUAGAUUUCAUAUUCGGAAACGCCGCGGCAGUGUUCCAAAACUGUAACAUCUAUCCUCGCCUUCCAAUGAGUGGCCAAUUCAACGCCAUCACCGCACAGGGACGAACCGACCCAAAUCAAAACACGGGCACUUCCAUCCACAACUGCACGAUCCGACCAGCCGAUGAUUUGGCUACGAACAUCGAUGCCGCUGAAACUUAUCUCGGAAGGCCCUGGAAAAAUUACUCCCGGACGGUUUUCAUGCAGAGCUUUAUGGACAUUGUCAUCAAUUCUGCUGGGUGGCGCGAAUGGGACGGUGAUUUUGCUUUUAGCACUUUGUAUUAUGCGGAGUUUAACAACACUGGACCUGGUUCUAGCACUGUCAACAGAGUCACGUGGCCGGGUUACCACGUCAUUAAUGCCACUGAUGCUGCUAAUUUUACGGUCUCUAACUUCUUGCUUGGUGAUAACUGGCUGCCCCAGACCGGAGUGGCUUACGCCAGUAACUUGAUAUAGAUGCAUUAACUCACUCAUUCAUCACUUUGUUCUUAUUUUAAGUUGUAAUUUCCUCUUUGAUAUUAUUUUUUUCUUGUUGGUAAAAAUAAAAUAUGCAGGCGAUCAGUGAAAUUGUACCGUACCCAAUUCCUGCCAUAGUGCAAUGUGAAACCUAAAUUGUUUGAAUUUAA